UUUGCUUCCUAAAUUAACAAAAGAAUUAUCAAAGGUUCAUGAUGAUAUUCCUCCUGUACCUGCAUUACCUUUAUCAAUAACAAAUGAUCAAAAAUCAUCAUUAUCAUCAAAAGGUGAUAAUGUUUCACCUCGUGAAAAGAGAGAUAAAACUACCGAGACAAGAAAAACAAGGCAGAGAGGAGCGGUAUCAAAUAUGGCUCCUGCUCCUGCUCAAUUGGCCGCUCUUACUCUGCCACCUUUUAAUAUUAACGCAUUACCUUCAAAUGUUAAAAUACCUACUCAUUCCAAUCCUAAUAUUAAAUCAAAAACUCCCACUGCUCCUUUCAGAAUGUUAACAACCCCAACUUCAAAAAUUCCUACUCCAACUCUGAUACCAUCAAAACCUACUAAAAUUGGUAAUGGUUUAUCAUCACCAAGUG